GAUGCUGAGACCUUCCUGUUUGCCUAAGCUCAAUACAUUAUGAAAUGGAUGAGACAACUCUAGAUCCAGAAUACUUGAAACACUUGAAGCCUUCCUUUCUUCAUCUGUUUAUUAACUUUGUGAAAAUAUGUAAUGUCAUUAGUUUGUUUCAUAAGUACAACAUCAACGUAUUGACAGAAAUUGAUGUGGAGAACAUUCAAAAAUUAUCUGAUAAGAAAGGAGACAGAGAAGGAAGCAUGUUGCUGUUUGAAAGACUUGUAUUGUACAAGGGAUGGUACGAUUGUCUGCUACAAGUUCUUUGUGAUAGAGAUGUACGUCUGUCUCAUGUAGCUCAUGAAAUGGAAGUGAUCAAAGGUUUAUUAGAUGAAAAGAUUUUGAGUGAGGAAUCGGAUGAUGAGACUCAAACUACAGUUGAAUGGUUAGCUGGUAUGUCAGUGUUGACAAGUGGAUUAACUACAGUGUUGCGUGUUACUCCACACACAACAAAUCUUAACAAAUUAAGAGUGGAUCCAAUUUUAGAGAUGAGAUCACUUAAACUGAAAAUUGAACUAGAAAGACUUAAAAAAGAAUUAGAAGAGGUAAAACAAAAUCUAAUCGAACAAAACCAAUCUUAUGAACAACAACAUCUUGAGGCAAACUCUGUUCUAUCUAGUGAUUCAAGUCAUGUUGAUCAAUUAGCAGGAAAAAUGUGUGAACUUUGCAAAAGUAGUAAAGCAAUGCUCAAACAGAAUGAAGUGCUACAAACUGAGCUUGACCAUCUCAAAAUGGAAUGUUGUGAUAGAAAAUAUUCAUAUGAAAAGCUCCACCAAGAAAAAGAGAAACUACAAACUGAGCUUGACAAUCUCAAAAUGGAAUGUUCUGAUAGAAAGGACGCAUAUGAAAAGCUCCACAAAGAAAAAGAAAAAGAGGAGAACAAAAAUAAACAGCAAGAAAAUAUUAUGAGAGAAAUGGAAUGCGCGCUUCAACAAUGUGCAGUGAAAAAAGAAAAGUUGGAAGAAAAAUUGAAGGCCUAUCGUCAAGAAAGCGCAGAGUUGCAAAACAAAUUAGAAGCCUGCCAUCGAGGUAUGUACCUUGUAUAUUCUGUUUUUGACAAAUAG